AGCGAUUGAAGCUCGAGCCUGCCCAGCUUAGCGUGAAAAACCGCUCUGACUCGUGUUUUGCGUCCUUCGAAGUCAUUGCAGACCCAGCAUGACUGACAAGCGCGUAGACCCAGCGACAGGAGAGGCAGUCACGUACAACGAGCUGGUGGCGACCUACAAGAGGACCUACAAAAGGCGUGAGAUCGAAGAGUAUUGGGAGACUUGCAAGCCCGCCAAGAAGAAGAAGGCGGCAGCCAAGUCGGAGCCAAAGCCCAAGGCGAAAGCCGGCGCGAAAGCCAAGCCGGAGCCAAAGGCCAAGGCGAAGGACGGCAAGAAAGAUGAGAAGCCCAAGGCGAAGGCCAAGGCUGCGCCCAAGCCUGAGCCAAAGGGAAAGAUGGACGACAAGGUGAGCGUCGGCAAGGAUGGCGGCGCCUCGGCCCUGGCGAAGUUGCGGAGCUUCAGCGGCUGCGUGCUGGCGGAGUAUGUCUGGUUGGACGCGGAUGGCGUGACACGAUCAAAGACCAUGACGAUGACAGCACGGCCCUUGAAGGUCAGCGAUUUGAAGGUGUGGAACUACGACGGCAGCAGCACGGGACAGGCGGACGGCCACAACUCGGAGGUACUUUUGAAGCCGCGGGCGAUUUUCAACGACCCGUUCCGCGGCUACCCCCACGUCAUGGUUUUGGCCGAUGCCUGGAAUGCCUGGGACGACCAGCCGGCGAAGAACAACACCCGCGCCAAGUGCGCCGAGACCAUGGACAUGUACCGCUCCCUGGACCCUUGGUUCGGCAUCGAGCAGGAGUACACCCUGAUGAAGCCAGGGAAGGUCGGGAUGAAGCCUACGGUGCCUUUGGGCUUCAACGCCGACAACAGCGAGCCCGCACCCCAAGGGCCAUACUAUACCGGCGCCGGCUUUAACGUGGCCAUCGGCAGGCCCGUGGCAGAUGAGCACUACAAGAUGUGCAUGUUGGCGGGAGUGAAGAUCUCAGGCAUCAACGCGGAAGUGAUGCCGGGACAGUGGGAGUUCCAGAUCGGCCCCUGCCGCGGCAUCGAGAUGGGAGAUCACUUGACCAUCGCACGCUACAUCAUGUUGCGCGUGACCGAGAAGCACGACUGCGUGUGCUCCUUCGACCCGAAGCCCGCGGAGGGCGACUGGAACGGCGCCGGGUGCCAUACCAACUUCAGCGUCACGCCGAUGCGUGUGGCUGGAGGCUAUGACACCAUCAUCAAGGUGUGCGAGGCCUUUGGUAAGGUGGCCAAGGAGCACAUCAAGGAGUACGGUGAGGGCAACGACAAGCGUCUGACAGGCAAGCACGAGACCUGCGACAUCAACACUUUCAAGUACGGCGUGGCCAACCGAGGUGCCUCCAUUCGUAUCCCGCGAGAGGCGGAGAAGAGCGGGCGCGGCUACAUGGAGGACCGGCGGCCAGGGGCCAAUUGCGACCCCUAUCGAGUGACCAACAUCAUCAUGAAGACCACAGGUGAAUGCCUGAGCGCUGAGACCAUCGAGGCCGGGGGCAAGAGCCACACGGCCUUCGUGUUCAUCAAGCCCCAUGCGAACAACGAGAAGGUGCAAGCGCUGGUGAAGGAGAAGCUCAGUGGCUCGGGGCUCACCAUCAAAGCAGAGGGUGCCAUCAAGUCCACCCUCAUCGACAAGAAGAAGCUCAUCGACAUCCACUACGGCGCCAUCGCCGCCAAGGCGGUGAUGAUGAAGCCGAAGGACCUCACAGUCCAGGAGAAAUCCCAAGAAGAAUUUGAGAAGCAGUUUGGCGUGAAGUGGAGCAAGGUCAUGGAGGAUGGCUUGGUCUACAACGCGAUGGACGGUGCCAAGAAGCUCGGCAUUACUGCGGACGAGAUGGGCAAGAAGUACGAUGCCUUGAAGAAGGGCGAAGGCAUCAUCAAGUUCGGCGGCGGCUUCUACUGCGGCAAGGUCGACGACAUCUACGUCAUCAACGGCUUUUACAUGAACAUGCGCUCCAAGUUCACUGCACCUGGCACCAGCAUCUACUACUACGAGGUGGAGUGGCCAACGGAGAAGAUGUCCUGGGCCGACUUCCGCGGCAAGUUGCUGGGCCCCACCGACCCCGCGAGCGCUCCGGAGGGCUCCCUGCGGCAGAUGAUCUACAGCCAGUGGUCGGACCUCGGCUUGAAGGCACAGCCGGACACCGGGGACAACGGCGUGCAUGCCUCGGCGUCGCCCUUUGAGGCGCUGGCCGAGCGCAGCAACUGGCUGCGGGCCUCCAUCUCCAAGGACGCCUUCGGGAAAGCGCUCUUGGCCAGCGGCGUGGCACCUGGUAUGGCCAAGGAGUGGUUCAGCGACCCACAGGUGGAGUUUGAAGGCGGCAAGAAGUCCUUGUUCGAUCUCCUGGAGGAUUUGGACGCGCCUGCGUGCCUGAAGAAGUGCAAGGAGAUCGCUGCGGCGAACAAGAAGUGAGAGACAGCGGCUAUAGCACCUGGAGGUCAAUGAACAUGCCAGUGACAGACUUCGUGGAUCACCAUGAUCCUGCGUGCCUGCCACUGGCUAGCUACACCUGGACUGAAAUUGUUGUUUUGUGAACCUGGAAGGCGGCUGUUUGUCAAGAACAGAUCGCAC